UGAGACGUUUUUUUAUUUUUGCUCUUGCAAGAGUGGUUCUCUAUCCCUUCUCUUCUCAUUUGAGGGACGAGAAAAAAGAAUGCCCGCCUUUACCAGUCCGGCUUCGUCGCGGAGUUUAUUUGCGGUGUCUGAGGGUUUCGGUUUCCUGUCGUCGUGUUUGCUGUGUGUACGACGUACACACUUGUUGCGCCGCGUGUUUGUGUCUGCCUUGUGUUUUCCACAAUUCCUGCUUGUCGCACGAGGAAACAAAACGGGAGAUGAACUUGUGGAGUCAACAUCUUCGGAUGUAGUUCUCGAAGCAGCAGGAGGAGGAGACGCGAGUUCUCCAACCCAAGCGCACGCGCAACAGGGACUAACCCACCCAGCUGAACGUCCCGAUGAAGCCGAUCCGGAACAAACCGCUUUCAUCUACGGGGAAGGGCACACCAUCGCGGAAAAGGAGGAGCUUCCGCUCUUCUACUUUUACGACCAGAGAUUUGAAAAAGAGCUGGUGUGGACCAGUACUACUUCACGACGGGGAGGUACUAGUCGAGUAGGUGGAAGUGCACACGCAUCUACUUCGACACACCUACCUGCUGGUGACGAGCAAGAUGAAAACUACGACCUGGAUGAAUCUACUUCUACUUCGACACACCUACCUGCUGAUGACGAGCAAGAUGAAAACUACGACCUGUAUCAGGAAGAAAACCCGCGAGAGUACCGGCACGAGUACCAUUUCGGGCAGAAGCCUAUGCGGGAAAUAAUUAUAUCGAGCGCUUCUUCUAGUUCUACAACUACCCACGGGACGACGUCGACGUAUUCAUCUUCAGCGUCAAGAACAUCAUCUUCAUUUCCGGGCAGGAGUCUGAAACGGGCGGCGGAGCAAAAGCUGCGGUAUUGGGGGCCCUUUGGUACUGGGGAAAAUGUCACCACCAAGGAGGACGCUGAUGUUGCGCCACGACGAACGUCCACAAGAGGUGCAAAAAAAAUCUUAAAUAUCGCUCUGGUGAUCUGCGGCAGCGCAGAAAAACGGUAUUUCAACGUUUGGGGAACGCGGGUCGUGGAUUACGAAAAGAUCUGGUCGGUCGCCGGCCGGAUGAGGCGGUUUCUGAUGGAGCCGAACGUGAGAAGCGCGGAUCCGAAGACUAGUACCGAGUUUCAUUUCUACGUUAUCAAAAGGAAAAAUCCACCCUCCCCAUACUGAAGCGGAGAUUUGUGUAGCAUGAUUUGAGACCACAAAUCAUGUUGUCAUGCUAGAAGGCAACAAAAGUGGACUGUAGUGCUGGGAGGCUUAGGAGAGCCUUCCGUCUUCAGCAUGACAGGAGGCAAAUGGAAACGGGAAACAGCAUGACAAAUUGCCUGCAGAGGAGGGAGCCACUGCGUCUCUUGGCCUUCUAGCAAUACAAGUCGAUUUGUGUACUCAAAUACAGCACUACAAACUUCGUUCUCGAUAUGGGGAGGGGAGAUUUUUCCUUUUGAUAUACGUUUUCUUGUGCGGAUGGCCCGACCUGGAAGUAGUCGGGGAGAGGACCGGGCUGAGAAGUGACGACAGUGAAAAUCGUGAUGCUGCGACGUCGACUAAGACCACAACUGGGGGAAUGAAGAAGUCGCUCCGCGUUGUGUCAGCAUCGAACGAGGAGAUGCGGUAAGUAUUUCGUUGUAGCGAUUUUCCUUGCAUGUGCAAGUGCUGUAGUACUUUCUCACUCGUCUCGUGUAUGACGAUGAGUAGGAUGCGCAGCAAAAUUCAAGAACUUUUAGGUACUGGGCCCGACACUUUCUAGCACCCCCGAAGGCGCAAGAACCGCAAGAAAAGGUGAACCCAGCUGCUGACCACGCUGCAAAAACUCCAGACUUCAAGGUGACUUUGGUUCGGUUUCUCCGGGGGGGCUGGCGAAAUUACGGGGAUUUGGUGGAGAAAAUUUCACCAGCAUCAUCAAAAAGUGGCGUUCAAAUAACGAGGCCUUCUUCUGCAUCAUCUCCAGUCGUGCUACCGCCGACACUGCAAGCGUUGAAAGAGUCGACUACUCUAACCACCUUCACCGGACAGUUUGAGCACUUGGACGCGUGUUUCCGUGGGGUGAGGCAGUUUCAGGAGCUGUAUAGGGACAGCAAUUACGCGCUUGAUGUGCAUGAAGAAAAAGAUCAUCAACAUCAGCCAGAUGUUGACCAUCACAGCAAAAUAAACUUCUCCACCUCCAAGAAUAAACUGCGCUUCACCUACUUCGUCCGCUUGCGGCCCGACCUUCUCCUGUACGAUGACUUUCCGAUCCUGACGCUUUUCCCGGAAACUCGCGUGGCCAUGCGCGCCGUGAACGUUGUGUCAACCACGCCGGCGCUCUUCGAGGACGCGACGCCCAUGAUGCGGAGACAGUUCUGUCCGGACGAGCGGGCGCAAAACCUUGGGGACGAAUACCAGUGCCGCACGCCAAGAUUUUUCAACCGGACCUACGGGAGAAAGGAGCGGGAAUUUGAUGAGACGAUGUUCGGGCUUCAUCCGGGAGCUGAUAGUAUAUCAAAUGCCGUCCUGAAGACCUCCAGCAUGACAAUAAAGAACAGCAGCGCAGUGGUCUCAUCAGACGAGGAUCUUCCUGUUGGAGAUGACCCUGGUCCCCAACUGAAAACCACGGACGCGAUUUUGCAGAAUUUUCGCGAAUACUUGCGGGAAGUCGACGUGCCCAUGUGUGCCGGAUUGGACGACCAAGCAAUUAUUGUUCCCGAGAUCCUUGCUGACGUGGUUUUCCUCGACGGUCGUAGUGACAAGGCGUGGACGGAUUUUUCAGUACGGGAAAUGAAAAAUCAAGGCAGCGGCAGCAGCAGUGUCGUUGCAUCUGCGAAGAAGAUCAGUGAAGUAGAUGCAAUAGGCCAGCAGCAGAACAAAAGCAACCAUCAAGACAACCCCAAUGAACUCAACAACUACGUUUCCUGGUUCAAAUCCGUGAACAAUCCGAAAACGGAGUAUGGCAAGCGUUUUCGGAAAGCCGCGCCGUUCAAAAAGGGAUUUCUUCGGUUGCUGGAACAGGAGUACGAGCACUUCGUUAAAAAAGGGGGAACGGACGCGGUCGCGAACCCAAGUUUGCGAACGAAGUGGAAAAUGGUGAAGCAGGAGAUAAUUAUGUCAACUACAUCGAAGGUCGACGUGCACGACGCUGCCCAUCUUCCUGCUGGCAAGAUAACGACGAGGACGACACGAAAUAAUUGGAAAAGAACUAAUAUCAUCGUAAUGGCGGUCGGCGAAGGUGAAAAUAGUGGCCAGAAUCUUUUCAUCAAAUUGACAUUCGAAGCCAUGAUCCACCCAGAGGAGCUGGGAACUACGGCAGUAGAGCAACCGGGUCGUCAACUUCAUUCCCCGAAUUUCUUGAUUGCGCGAGCGGUUUCAUCAUCUACCUCUUCUCUUUCAACGGCUGAGUCAGAGGCAAAUGUUGAACAGCGCGAACAAGUUGUAGACAACGCCAACAACAAUAAAACUGAUCCCUUUAUUCCCUUGCUGUUCCCGAAUCCGCGUGAUGGCCGCAGAAAAAUGCUGGGGUGGCAGGAGGGGGUCCGGCAAAGCUGCGACUACUUUGUGAGAGAUUAUGGAUUGCAAAAGUGUCUGGGUCUGGAAGGUUGGAACUUGUAAUGCUAGCUGUCCAUACCUCGAAAAUCUGUAUUGCAUAACCAACAAAAGUCGCAACCUCUUUUGUAUAUGCAAAAACGCAAUUUCUCAUGCGGAUUGCCUAUGAGAGAGCGUUCUGGAAAGUUGUCAUGCUGGGUUGCAUUCGGAACUCUUUCCAUCGUCCACAUUCUAGCAUCACAAGUUUCCAGACCCAGACAUUUUUGCAUUUGAUAGAGAUUGGAACCGAACAACAAUUUUCGGAGGAGGAGGGGAUCAAGCGGAGCAAGUUCCUGUCAAGAAACGAGCAAGGCUUGCAGCAUUACAGGCCGCAUCGACAGCGUUUUACGGGCCGAAAGGGGCUUUGCACGCGAUGGAAAAGUGCGAGGCCUACAUUUUCCCGUCGCAACUCUACGUCCGCAAGCGAGAAAAGGUGGAAAAAUUUUUCGCAUCAACUAAUACCUCUAGUACCAGCAUGACAAAUCCGCACUCUCUACUACCUUCCGCAACACAAAGUAAAAUUCUCCCGUCGUGGGCGAAUUUUCCGGAAAAGAUGUACGACGCGAUGCACUAUGCAUUGCAAAUAGCAUCAUGUCUGGGCCACUGAAUUUGUCGUGCAAAAUUUCAAGCACAACAUGAUCUGUGAUGCAGGAAUACGAGUCGCUAGCUCUACUCUAUCUUUUUUGCCAUGCUGUGAAACUCACUUGGAGUUUGUGAUGUGAUUUACGAGUGAAAGAAGCCUGAAAAUAAACUUCUGAUGCUGUUACGCCGGGGUGCAACCGGCUAUUCUGUGGCGCGAGUACUUAAUAUUUAUCAGCAGCACAAUUGUACAUGUACUCCAAGACCGAGACCCAGAUCGUGGAUAUUUGCAGUGCAUAGGCACCCAUUAGGUUUUAACGACAACGAGGUGGUGAUGACGGUUCGGGUGUACGCAAGACAAGUUCCGGUUCUCAUUAUCCCGAUCGCUGUGUCUUUGCUGUCUUUCACAAAUAAGGGAAUCGUUUUUGGACCGACUCCGGAGCAAGAAGGCUGUGAGGAAGUGGAGGAAGAUGAACCGCUGCGGCCCGAGGAACAGCAGAGUAAAAACAAAAUGGAAGAUUUGCAGCAGUUAGAUACGUUGGUAAAAACCGGGCGAAUUUCGUAUCAACUGCGGAAACGGAUCGAGCAACUGGCAAAGAUAAGUCCGGAGAUGUUGGUAGAACAGAAAAAGAACGAAAACACAGUUGAAAAUGCUGAAGCAACUACAUCCAGUGGAAGUUCAGCAACAGCAACACAAAUUCGUCCAUCUUCGGCCGCAGUAGACAUGGUAGCAGCUUCCCCACGUAGUUCAGCAUCCCGGUAUUGUCCUGCUGAUACUGACUAUCCGGAACAACCUCUUCAUCUUCCCCUCACAGCCUCCCACCGGGCAUCAAAAGUCACCCCGAAAGACUAUUGUAAGGGAAAAUCUCCCCUCCCCAUAUCGAAAAGGUAGAUCUCAGAAAAUCGUAGCCGGAAAAGGUAGAUGCUGAUUUGUGACCUCAAAUCGUCUCUGUCUUGCAAGAACGCAGCUCCACAGUCUCCGCCGCAUUCUGCAGGCGGUUUGUGAUGCUGGCGGCCCUACAGACUAGACGUUUGCCAUGCUCAGCGCCUAGCCCAAAACGUCUCUACUCAGUCUUGACAUGGGCCUACAGUCCUCUCCAGCAAGACAAAUCUGAUUUGUGUACCCAAAUCCAGCAUCAGAAGCCUCGUUUUGAUAUGCUGGGGAAGGGGGAUUUUUCCGUUUGAUAAAGACGCGACCUGCCGGCACCUGUACGCGAAGAAACUAGAGCUGAUGAACGAGCUCAACCUAUCCUGAGUAAAAACGUACCCACAGCAGAGUUGUAAUGCAGAUUGGCAAAGACAGGAAGACUUGUAAUGCGCAUCCCCAUGAGAGCCAUUGCCAAUCGUGUAUUGGAAUUUGUGACGCUGUGAACAGGAUGAGCAGAUGAAUCUGUGAUGCGGCUGCACUUGCUAAGCUGCACUACACUGCGGAGUGCAACUUGUCAUGCGUGACUCCCAAAACUCCUAGGUUUGUGUUGCAAAAUCCACAUCCUGACUCUGGUGUGGGAACGUUUUUACUCAGGAUACAACCCCCGGCCGGCGCAGAGAAGGAUCAGCAGAAUAACCGGGCCGAUGAAAUGGGUGAACGAAGCGGAAUUGUAGGACGGUGCAAGAAGCGAUUGCAAUGAUAGUGCGGGGGAGCCAAAGGUGGACGGGAUGAAAACAGCAGAAGCUCGUUUCUAGCUUCUAGGUUGGGAAGAAGAGGAAAAUUUUGUGAUGCGGACACAGCCUCUUGGUAACCUUUUCAUUGAAAUAAACUGGGGCAAUGAACCAAGUUCGAUAGUACCUCACGUAUAGUUUGGGUUUCAAGGUUGUAUCGACUUUGAUUGUUGAUACUUAAAAUUAGCUUGUGGUUACUUACAUUUACCACUGUACAGUAACUUCAGUUUCUUUAGGAGCUUGCUGUAUUAGCGCCAGCUUGUACGAUUCGGAUUUUUCAUAUAUGGAAAAGAGCGUCAUCAUCAGCGAGAAGCAGCUUGGAUGGAACUGCAAUCCAGGACACUAGUUGCUUGUUCAGUCCUAUUCUGCUACUGUUCUUGCACUUGCAAUGAGCAAUAAAAGCGUUGUGCUGGGUUGCGGUGCAGCUCUGUGGUCUUGGCUAGACCGUUUUUGUACACUGCUACUACCUAGUCCGAGGGGAAUAAAAGUUGAAGCGGCAGUAGAGUGGAGGUCAGAGUAGACCAUGCUGAUCUGGUUCUUCGUAAUCUUGGCGCAGCGGCCAAAAAUUACAAACAACUAACAACCGCAAGGAAGUCAACAAGAAGGGCCUUUUCGAAUUGAUGGCCUUCCUCUCCUUGCUUCUGCAG